GACCAGUCCUACAGCUGUGGUAGAAGAAAUGUGGUGUAUAUAAAAUUUGUGAUAGCUGGGAGAAAUUCUGGUACUCUUAAUUAUGGCAUACACAGCAAGCAAAGUGGCACAGUACUGCUGUCCCCUUAGAGACUAGCAGUAUUGUCUGGACAGAGGCUUCCUGUAUCCCUGGAUGACUCUGAUCAACACCAUCAGUUUAAGGACCAGUCAGGAGUUUAGAGAAUGGGCUGUGUCCAAUGUAAGGAUAAAGAAGCAGCAAAACUGACAGAGGAGAGAGAUGGCAGCUUAAACCAGAGCUCUGGCUAUCGCUAUGGGACAGACCCCACUCCCCAGCAUUACCCUAGUUUUGGCGUGACAUCCAUCCCCAACUACAACAACUUCCAUGCGGCUGGUGGCCAAGGGCUCACCGUCUUUGGUGGCGUCAAUUCUUCUUCUCACACCGGGACCUUGCGUUCAAGAGGAGGAACAGGUGUAACCCUUUUUGUGGCCCUUUAUGACUAUGAAGCACGAACAGAAGAUGACCUGAGUUUUCAUAAAGGAGAAAAAUUUCAAAUACUUAACAGCUCUGAAGGAGACUGGUGGGAAGCCCGUUCCCUGACAACAGGAGAGACUGGUUACAUUCCCAGCAAUUAUGUGGCUCCAGUUGAUUCUAUCCAGGCAGAAGAGUGGUAUUUUGGAAAACUUGGCCGCAAAGAUGCAGAAAGACAACUCUUGUCCUUUGGAAAUCCACGAGGUACCUUUCUUAUCCGGGAGAGUGAAACCACCAAAGGUGCCUAUUCACUUUCUAUCCGUGACUGGGAUGAUAUGAAAGGAGACCAUGUCAAACAUUACAAGAUCCGAAAACUUGACAAUGGUGGCUACUAUAUCACAACAAGAGCCCAGUUUGAAACUCUUCAGCAGCUCGUCCAGCAUUACUCAGAGAGAGCUGCAGGCCUUUGCUGCCGCUUAGUAGUUCCCUGUCAUAAAGGAAUGCCGAGGCUUACUGAUCUGUCUGUCAAAACCAAAGAUGUCUGGGAAAUUCCACGUGAAUCCCUUCAGUUGAUCAAGAGACUGGGAAAUGGGCAGUUUGGGGAAGUAUGGAUGGGUACUUGGAACGGGAAUACAAAAGUGGCUAUCAAGACUCUUAAACCUGGCACGAUGUCCCCAGAAUCCUUCCUUGAGGAAGCCCAGAUCAUGAAGAAACUGAAACACGAUAAACUGGUCCAGCUUUAUGCCGUGGUGUCUGAAGAGCCAAUCUACAUUGUCACAGAGUACAUGAAUAAAGGGAGUUUGCUGGAUUUCCUAAAAGACGGAGAAGGAAGAGCUCUGAAAUUGCCUAACCUGGUGGACAUGGCUGCACAGGUUGCUGCAGGCAUGGCUUAUAUUGAGCGAAUGAAUUAUAUCCAUAGAGAUCUGCGAUCUGCAAAUAUUCUGGUAGGGAAUGGGCUCAUAUGCAAGAUUGCUGAUUUUGGAUUAGCCAGAUUGAUUGAAGACAAUGAAUACACAGCAAGACAAGGUGCAAAGUUCCCUAUCAAGUGGACAGCUCCAGAAGCAGCCCUAUAUGGAAGGUUCACUAUCAAGUCUGACGUAUGGUCCUUUGGAAUCUUACUCACAGAGCUGGUAACCAAAGGGAGAGUUCCCUAUCCAGGCAUGAAUAACCGUGAAGUCUUGGAGCAGGUGGAACGUGGGUACAGGAUGCCGUGUCCUCAGGACUGCCCCAUCUCCUUGCAUGAGCUUAUGAUUCACUGCUGGAAAAAAGACCCUGAGGAGCGCCCCACAUUUGAGUAUUUGCAGGGUUUCCUGGAAGACUACUUUACUGCAACAGAACCCCAAUACCAACCUGGUGAAAACCUGUAAGUCCCAUGGCCCGGCAGCAGAAAGUGGCCUCCAGGUGGCCACUCCCCUCCCUCUUAGCUUCCAAUCCAGUAGCCCACUGCUCUUGCAGCAGUGGGGAAUCUUCCAGGACCAGAGUGCAUGUGAGUCUGAAGAACAGCCACACCCCUCAUCGAUGACCACUUGUCCCCAAAUCUGAAUGUCCUCUGUGAAGAAUGAGAGACACAAACUUGUUCACUUCUCAAAAGACUUUUGAAAAUGCAUUGUAUCGAUGUUAUGUAAACGGCAAAACCUCUAUUCAGUGUAAAUAGUUACUCAGUGCCAAUAACUGACCCUAGUGCUUUCCUUUUUUAAAUGCAAAUCUUAUGUGAUUUUAACUGUCUUCACCUGAUUCAACUAAAAAAAACAAAAACAAAAAAAACGAAAAGUAUUAUUUUCCAGAAGUGGCCUCUUUGUCUAAAACAAUAAACUUUUUUUUCAUGUUUUAACUAAAGAAAAUCAGGACAGGUGUUUGUUUUUUGUUUUUUUGUUUUGUUUUGUUUUAUAAAUAUAAAUAUAUAUAUAAUAUAUACAUACCUGUACAUAUAGUAUGUGGGUACUACUGCAGAAAACUUGUUGCCAAACAAUGGGCCGCAUGGUUGCAGUACCCAGAGAGUGGUAAUUUUACUGCAAACGUUUAAAAAGGAAAAAAAAAAAAAAAAGACAACACUGGUGUUAUUCUGAAAACCAGUGGUCUAAUUUUUGGCUUUUGCCAAGCAUGAAUAUUUUUUAAUUGGAUUGCACUUUUUCGUUUGUUCGUUUCUGACUGUACCUGUAGAUGGUUGUAACUUUUCUUCCUUUCAGGACCCACAUGCUGGGUUUAUGGUAAUGUUCCCAAUGUUUGACAGCCAUGUUUUAUAGGAUUUGUUCUUCAAACAAGAGUGAACCUAUUGAAGCAAGAAAACACACCAUAUGACCAGCCGAAUUGGAAGAUAGAUGCUACAGUACUCCUUGUAUAAAACUCUGUAUACUGAAAUAAUUCAAAAACUUUUUUUAAUUUAAUAAACAUUGUAACCACAUUUAAUGGUCUAAAACCCAUAGCAUUUUAGUCAUGUCAACCCGCUAAACUGUUUAUCAUGCAGAUAGGAUUUUCUGGGGGAGAUUCGUGCACCAUUUCCCAUUGUAAAAUAUAUGUUUUAAAUGUCCUGUACUGCUAAUGAAAUUCCUUUCUCUAUGUCUGAGAGUUCUCCAGUGGAAUUACUAUGCACUUCUUUACGUUUCAUGGGGAUGCACAGAACAAAGUAUUAUGUUCUCUCGUUGUCUAUUUGUACCAGCCUUGAAUUACUUAUGUUUAACCAAAAAAUGAAAACAAGCAAAUGAAAAAAAAAAAAAAA